AUGGAGGAGCCCGGGGCUACCCCUCAGCCUUACUGGGGGCUGGUCCUGGAGGAGCCACACAGGGUUGUGGCAGCACUGCCUGAAGGCAGGAGACCAGAUUCGAAUCCUUAUGGAUUUCCAUGGGAAUUGGUGAUAUGUGCAGCUGUCCUUGGAUUUGUUGCUGUUCCCUUUUUCUUGUGGAGAAGUUUUAGAUCGGUUAGGAGUCGGCUUUAUGUGGGAAGAGAGAAAGAGCUUGCUGUAGCGCUUUCUGGACUAAUUGAAGAAAAAUGUAGACUACUUGAAAAAUUUAGCCUUGUUCAAAAAGAGUAUGAAGGCUAUGAAGUAGAGUCACCUUUAGAGGAUGCCAGCUUUGAGAAGGAGGCAACAGAAGCACAAAGUCUGGAGGCAACGUGUGAAAAGGUGAACAGGUCCAGUUCUGAACUGGAGCAUGAAAUACUCUGUCUAGAAAAGGAGUUAAAAGAAGAGAAAUCUAAACAUUCCGAACAAGAUGAGGUGAUGGCGGAUAUUUCCAAAAGGAUACAGUCUCUAGAAGAUGAGUCAAAAUCCCUCAAAUCACUACUAGCUGAAGCCAAAAUGACCUUCAAGAGAUUUCAAAUGAAUGAAGAACAAAUGAAGAUAGCAAUACAAGAUGCUUUGCAUGAAAAUUCUCAACUUCAGGAAAGCCAGAAACAGCUUUUGCAAGAAGCUGAAUUAUGGAAAGAACAAGUGAGUGAACUUAAUAAACAGAAAAUAACAUUUGAAGACUCCAAAGUACACGCAGAACAAGUUCUAAAUGAUAAUCACAUUGAGACUCCAACUGAACGCUUGCUAAAGAUCAAAGAUCAGGCUGCUGUGCUGGAAGAAGUCAUAACAGAUGAUGAAAACUUGGAAUUAGAAAUGAACAGUGAAUCGGAAGACGGUGCUUACUUAGAUAAUCCUCCAAAAGGAGCUUUGAAGAAACUGAUUCAUGCUGCUAAGUUAAAUGCUUCUUUAACAACCUUAGAAGGAGAAAGAAACCAAAUCUAUAUUCAGUUAUCUGAAGUUGAUAAAACCAAGGAAGAGCUUAGAGAGCAUAUUAAAAAUCUUCAGACGGAACAAGCAUCUUUGCAGUCGGAAAACACAUAUUUUGAAAGUGAGAAUCAGAAGCUUCAACAGAAACUUAAGGUAAUGACAGAAUUAUAUCAAGAAAAUGAAAUGAAACUCUACAGGAAAUUAAUAGUAGAGGAAAAUAACUGGCUAGAGAAAGAGAAACUUUCUAAAGUAGACGAAAUGAUGAGCCAUGCCACUGAAGAGCUGGAGACCUGCAGAAAGCGAGCCAAAGAUCUUGAAGAAGAACUUGAGAGAACUAUUCAUUUUUAUCAAGGGAAGAUUAUAUACCAUGAGAAAAAAGCACAUGAUAAUUGUUUGGCAGCAUGGACUGCUGAAAGAAACCUCAAUGAUUUAAGGAAAGAAAAUGCUCACAACAGACAAAAAUUAAUUGAAACAGACUUUAAAAUUAAAUUUUUAGAAAAAGAUCCUUAUGCACUUGAUGUUCCAAAUACAGCAUUUGGCAGAGAGCAUUCCUCAUAUGGUCCCUCACCAUUGGGUCGGCCUUCAUCUGAAACGAGAGCUUUUCUCUAUCCUCCAACUUUGUGGGAGGGUCCACUCAGACCCUCACCUUUCCCUCGGGGAGGAGGAAGAGGCCCAAGAGGCCCAGGGAAUCCUCUGGACCACCAGAUUACCAGUGAAAGAGGAGAAUCAAGCUGUGAUAGGUUAACCGAUCCUCACAAGGCUCCUUCUGACACUGGGCCCCUGCCACCUCCAUGGGAACAGGACCGUAGGAUGAUGUUUCCUCCACCAGGACAAUCAUAUCCUGAUUCAGCUCUUCCUCCACAAAGGCAAGACAGAUUUUAUUCUAAUUGUGCUAGACGCUCUGGACCAGCAGAACUCAGAAGUUUUAAUAUGCCUUCUUUGGAUAAAAUGGAUGGGUCAGUGCGUUCAGAAAUGGAAUUCAGUGGAAAUGAUACCAAAGAUAAUCUUGGCAAUUUAAAUGUGCCUGAUUCAUCUCUCCCCGCUGAAAGUGAAGCAACUGGCCCUGGCUUUGUUCCUCCACCUCUUGCUCCAAUCAGAGGUCCAUUGUUUCCAGUGGAUAUGAGGGGCCGGUUCGUGAGAAGAGGACCUCCUUUCCCUCCACCUCCUCCAGGAACCAUGUUUGGAGCUUCUCCAGAUUAUUUUCCACCAAGGGAUGUCCCAGGUCCACCACGUGCUCCAUUUGCAAUGAGAAAUGUCUAUCCACCGAGGGGUUUUCCUCCUUACCUUCCCCCAAGACCUGGAUUUCCCCGCCUACCCGCACAUUCUGAAGGUAUUGAGCUCCCUUCAGGGUUGAGUCUGCCUUCAAAUGAGCCUGCUGCUGAAGAUCCAGAACCACGGCAAGAAACUUGA